ACCGUAUUCCCUCCGUUUAUGUUUUAAAAUGGCGGUUCUCGUAGAGACCUCGCUGGGAGACAUUGUGAUCGACCUGUACACGGAGGAGCGACCCAGAUGCAGCCUCAACUUCCUCAAGCUGUGCAAGAUAAAGUUCUACAACUUCUGCCUCUUUCACUCCGUGCAGCGAGACUUCAUCGCUCAGAGCGGGGAUCCUGUGGGCGGCGGGCAGGGAGGCCGGAGCAUCUGGGGACGGGUGAGAGGAGAGGAAUACAACAUGUUCGAGGCGGAGGUGAGUCCGAGACUCAAGCACAAGAAGCUGGGGACGGUCUCGAUGGUGGACAACGGCAGUGGGCUACAUGGCUCUCAGUUCUUUAUCACUCUCCGAGAGAACCUCAGUUAUUUGGACGGGAAACACACGGUAUUUGGAGAGGUUGCAGAGGGAUUCGAUGUUCUCAGCAAGAUAAACGAAGCAUACUGUGACAAGGACGGCCAUCCAUUCCAGGACAUCCGGAUAUACCACACUGUUAUUCUGGACGACCCGUUUCCCGAUCUUGAAGGUAUUUUGUAAGUCACAGUAGAUCACUGUUGAAUUGAGGCAUCGGAACUUGGCCAAAAUUCACGGUACAGUAGAGUAUGUGUUUGUUGAUGACAGGAAUUGUGGCCCCUGAGCGAUCCCCCAGUCCUCCCAAAGAAGUAACUGACAGCAACAGAAUUGGAGCGGAAGAAGACAUUGAUGACUUCAAGGGCAAGUCGGAGGAAGAGGUGAGAGUGAUAAUGGGCCAGAAAGAGGCGCAGGCAAAUGCCCAGAUCCUAGAAAUGGUCGGAGACAUUCCCGACGCUGACGCAAAACCUCCAGAGAACGUACUGUUUGUCUGCAAGCUAAACCCAGCCACGACGGCCGAGGAUUUGGAAAUCAUUUUCUCGCGAUUUGGCGCCAUCCUGACAUGCGAAGUCAUCAAGGACCAAAAAACGGGGGACUCCCUGCAAUACGCGUUCAUUGAAUUCGAAAAUGAAGAAGACUGCAUCAAGGCGUACUUCAAGAUGGAUAACGUGUUGAUUGACGAUCGGAGAAUCCACGUCGAUUUCUGCCAGUCUCUCGCAAAAGUCAAAGGAGUUCGUCACAGAAAGCUAUCUUCUGAGAAAGAGUCACUUGCAGACCGGUUUGCUCCAAAAUCUCAGACGAAAGGAGAUGGCUACGAGAUGGUUUUCGAUGUUGAGGGUGGGAGCAGGAGAGCCAAGAGGAGUAGAGGCGGGGAGAGGGAGGGAGAGAGGAGAGGGAGAGAGGAAAGGGGGAGAGAAACGAGGCGGGAGGGCGGUGGGAGGGAGAGGGAGAAAGGGGGCAGGAGAGAGAAGGAGAAAGGAGACAGGAGAGAGAGGAAGGAGGAGAAAAGACAAAGAUCAAGAUCAAGAAGCAGGGAAAGGGACGGACACCACAAACAUCGUCAUAGAAAUCGCUCCAGAGACCGACGCUGACCUUGUAUAUAUAUAUCAUGCAUGCCACCUCUUUUACCAUCACUUUAUUGUUGGAAGCCAUUAUGAUUUUGUUUCUAACAUUUGUGUGAUUGUGAAUAUCCGUUCUGUCUGUGUACAUGUCCACUAAUCUCAAAAGAUGGAUGUCUUGACUCUCUAGUCGUGCGUCUCAACUGAUGGCUGGAGUACAGUCGAACCCUCUGUGGUGGUCGGCUUUUGCCUGGUUCAUCAGCUCCAGUUGACCGGGUUCCUGGUCUCAGGUGCGUUCUGGUACCAGUAUGGGACUGGGAGACGAUGUAAUGGCCAAUUCUGGGAACCUCAUUCCAGUACUGUGAUCCGUCAUUCUCCAAUCUUCUCUGGACUUUCUUCCCCUGUCUUGUUGCUGGUCGCAUCUUCUCUCUCGCCGUGCUAGCAAUGUUGGAUUCUCCACCUCUGGUGACUGGUCUUUUCCCCACACUUGUCUGUUCACUUCUGCUAGGGCUUCUCUUGAGCCUAACUGAGCCAGUCGGCUCAUAAAUACUCCGAAUCUUUUCCAGUUUUUCGUUUCCCGUGUUCGCACGAGUUGUCGGUCUUGAUGUGGUUCUGUCGUUGUCUACGGAUCUUUUCCAUUGAGAGAGUCUGUAGCUAGUGGCUCUACUGUUGGUCUGUCGUAACUCCUCUCUUUCAUAUGUGGUAUCUUCUCUAGUGCAUGGUCUUGUAGUCGCCACUGAGUUUGUCUCUCCUCUCAUCCUACUGUGGG